AUGCCUCGGCGGAUUCUCAACCCUCGCAUUAUCAUCGUCUCCUUCCCAAUCGAGUACCAGAGACAACAGCAGCAGCAUUUCAUGAGCUUGCAGCCAGUCAUCGAGCAGGAGAAAGAAUUUCUUCGUGUUGUUGUGAACAGGAUUAUAGCACUACGUCCACAGGUACUCUUAUGCGAGAAGAGUGUGGCAGGCGUGGCACUACAAUAUCUGUCUGAAGCUGGCAUAUCCGUUGUAUACAACGUCAAACAAACCGUCAUUGAGGCGGUGUCGAGAUGUGCGGAGACAGAGAUCAUCUCAUCACUCGACAUGUUGGCACUCAAAAUCCCUGUUGGCCUAGCGGGGGGCUUUGAAGUCAAGACAUACGUCAAUAAUGACUUCCCAGGCCGCAAGAAGACGUACAUCUUCAUCUCAGGAUGCAAUGAAAAGCUAGGAUGUACCAUCGCACUGCGUGGCGCUACCACAGAUCUGCUCUCACACCUGAAGACUAUUACCGAGUUCAUGGUUUAUGUCGUCUACAAUCUGAAGUUGGAGUCAUGUCUCCUGCGAGACCAAUGGAUCAAUGUUCCGGCGACCAUAGACGGUGCUACCACCCCGUCGACACAACCUACCGAGGAUUCUGCUAAAUCUGUGAAUGGCUCGGAUCAAGGGGCUACGCCUGCCGCAACGACCGCACCUAGUCAGAACAGUGAGGUCAACAAGGACAGUCAGCCUGCUGAUGCACCAUCCUCCACGGCAGACGAAAAUCAAAUACAAGAGCAAGCAUCUUUGUCAUCCGUCAGCCGCUCUAAAACGCUGGUUUCUCUCCAUGAAUCUCAUUCGAAGGCAUCCCAUGACACCCAGGUCCCCGAGGAUGUGCCGAUGCCCACCUUCUAUAGCGAUAUGGUUGCAAAAUAUGAGACCAAGAUUCUCUCGGCUUCGCCGUUUGUCAAGUUCAUGCAGCCAUAUCUCCUGAUGAAAUCACGAGAGCAGGAGCGACGCUUAGUCUACUUGAAGCGUCUCCGCGAUCAAGACAUCUUCGAAGACCAGGGCGAAAAUGAAAAAGCGAAACCGCAACCUUUCCAGCUCAUCAAGCCCGAGAUGGUUCAUGAAAUCGGUCAAAAAGCUCCGCGUCAAAUCAUGGAAGUUCUACACGCAGUUCACGAUGCAGAAUACGACAAGGCGCUUUACAACUACCAGACUCAGACGAGGCAGUGGGAGAACUAUAUCCAGGGGAAUCUGGAUCUGUUUGACCCCUAUUCGCACCAGAACAUCGUCGUUCUCUAUUCCGUCAUUUGCACCGAGACAAAGAUCCCAUGCACUGAACCUAGUCUGAUUGCUAUCGGGUUCUAUCAAGAGGGACCUACGGAUAGUAUGGAUCCUGAUAUCACUCUGGGUCAAUACAUUGAGGAUCUAUGUGACAGCAGUGAGAAUAUUUGUCACGCGAAUGGAUGUGACAGGCAAAUGUGUGCGCACCAUCGCACGUAUGUGCAUGACGAAGCUAGGAUCACUAUCUUUGUCGAAAAGAGCGCGUCUAUCCCCAUGGCCGUGGAUGAUACAAAAGCCGAGGAGAUAUAUAUGUGGAGUUACUGCAAGGAGUGUAAGAGAGACAUGGGCUUCAUGGUCAUGUCCGACGCUACCUGGAAAUAUUCCUUUGGUAAAUACCUCGAGUUGUCGUUCUGGAGUCGUGGGCUCAAGAUGCAUCACGAGAUGAAUUGCCCGCACGACUACCAGAAAGAACAUAUUCGCUAUUUCUGGCAUGGAGGAACUUCUGUUCGGCUUCAUUAUGACCCGAUUGAUCUUCUUGAGAUCAUUGUCCCGCGAGCGCGUAUCACUUGGAAGGUGGAUCACGAUCUUCGUCUUAAAAAUGAAAUCUUCACUAAAUCAGAAGACCGUUGGAAUCGCUAUAUGAACUCGGUCAGGGCUAGACUCAAAAGCAUUCGCAUUGACAGCGUACUCCCAGACAAAGCAGAAGCUUGCAAGUCUGAGGUUGAUCGACUCACCAAGAAGGCACAGGAAGAUCAAGCAAGCUUAAUAAGCAAUCUCCAAGGGGCAUACAUGAACUCCAAAUAUUAUGAAGUUAUUCCCUUAAACGCCAUUAUUCGAGGCAUGCUAGAAAAGGUAGCAGAUUGGGAUUCUGCUUUCACCAAAUUUGAAGCCGACUUUCUCUCGGACAAAGAUGUCAGACAAUUGACAAUCAUCCAACUAAAGAAGAUGUUUACGGACAAUGAGUCCAAGGAAUCUUUACCGACUACGACUACAGACGGCACAUCGAUUACAUCGACUGACACGGAAGACAAAACUACCCCCCACACCACACAGACAUCUGUCUCUGAUCCAGAUGAAAAGACCGCGUCACAACCAUCAGAGAGCGAGGCUAGCUUGGCCCCUGUGCCCAUAAUCACGACUACAGACGACGCGCUAAGCUCGCCGAAACGUUUCGGCCUCGGCGCAUUGAAGACCAAGAAAGCUGGCCAGUCGUCUAUUCCUCGCUACGUUCAUGGAAAGAAGAGAGAGUCGAAAGUUUCGACGCUCGCUCGGCACUUUGAGCAAUUGAGUCGAGAGUUCGAGAAAGAAAGAUUACGUGAUCGAAAGCAGCGAGCUGCAAAAAUGCACAACUCUCGAGCGUUCCUUCCUCGAUCAUCGACUAAAGCCAUAGUCGAAGUAUACGAAGACGUGGAUCAAGCAGUCUUGGAACCUGGUCCGUCGGACGAUGAUCCAAAGACAGCAGGACCUAACACCACCACUGAAGGUGGUGAGAUGCAACCAGCGGAUGCUUCUGGUACAUUAAAAGAUACUGCAACGUCAACGGAGGCUCCGUCUCAAAACGAUGAUGGCGCUGGAGACGGCGAAACCGAUGAUCAGAAACACGAAAGCCAUGCUGGAUCUGACGAAGAAGCGGGUGGGAGUGAUGCCGAUCAGUCACUGCUCGAAGAAAUCCUGCCCGGCGUGCAAGAAAUCGCCGAUUCCUUAGAGUCGAGCGAAGAGAUACCUCUAGAGCUUCCGAAGCAUCAGAAGUCCAGCCUCAUGAAGAUGCUCUCAAACUUCUGGGCAGAACGAUCGGCCAGUUGGUGGACUCCACUAGAAUACCCCCUCAACGCUACCGAUCACAUAUUCAUUGACUCCGAUGUCAUCGUCCGGGAAGAUGAACCAAGCUCUUUAAUCGCGUUCGCUCUCAGCUCCGAGGAUUACCAAGCUAAACUUGCUGACAUCCGUCAUCAAUGGAAGAUGUCAAAUCAAAGAGACGUAGAGGAUAGUGCUGACGGGGAGACAAAGUCGAUUGCCAACUCCGAGUCUGGCGACGGAUUGGUCAAUGGUGAAGAGCUUGAGAAGAGUCUGCUUCGGACCACCGGCACGCAUCUCAAAUACCAGUUCGUGGAGGGCUCAGCAAAGAUGCUUUGCAAGAUCUUUUAUGCUGAGCAAUUUGAUGCUCUUCGGCGGAAGUGUGGUGUGGCUGAUCGAAUCAUCGAAUCACUUUCUCGCUGCCUCAAAUGGGAUUCGAAAGGAGGCAAGACCAAGUCCGUUUUCCUGAAGACUCUAGACGAUCGACUUGUCAUGAAAUCGUUGUCACCAAUUGAGACGGCUGCUUUCCUCAGGUUUGCUCCUGCAUACUUUAGCAUUAUGUCCGAGGCCCUAUUUCAUGAUCUUCCCUCUGUGAUUGCCAAGAUGCUCGGGUUCUUCCAGGUGAGCAUCAAGAAUCCGGUCACCAAUACCGAGAUCAAGUUAGAUCUGUUGGUCAUGGAGAAUUUAUUCUACGACCGAUCUCCAAAUAGGAUCUUUGAUCUGAAGGGCUCGAUGCGCAACCGCAAAAUCCAGUCAACAGGCGAGCAGAAUGAGGUUCUUCUUGACGAGAAUAUGGUUGAAUAUAUCUACGAAUCGCCUCUCUUUGCCCGGGAGCACUCCAAGAAACUUCUAAGAGCAUCUGUCUGGAACGACACCCUAUUCCUAGCUCGGCAGAAUGUCAUGGACUACUCUUUGAUGAUUGCGGUUGACGAGGCCAAGAAGGAGCUCGUUGUCGGGAUCAUUGACUGUAUCAGAACUUAUACCUGGGACAAACGGCUCGAGAGCUGGAUCAAAGACCGCGGCUUCGCGGGUGGUGGCCGCAAUAGGCCCACUGUGACCAGUCCUAAGGAGUACAAGUCUCGCUUCCGUGAAGCCAUGGCGAGAUACAUAUUACAAGCCCCUAAUUGCUGGCACCAGUUCGGCGUCCCACAGGGAGCCAUUACUCGGGCCCGGUUUGAGGGCGACGUUCGAAAUGACUAA